CAAAUCCAAUAACUUGAACUCUUUUCAUACAUCUCUUCAAAAGAAUAUAGAAAUGGCUUUGGUGAGAAGUCUCUUGGGUGCAAAAAAGGUUCUUAGCCACUCCUUAGCAGCAGUUUCUUCGAGCAAAAGGGCAACAUCGGCGGCACCAAAAGGGUUUCUUGCGGUGUACGUAGGAGAAGAGAGCCAGAAGAAAAGAUAUAUAGUGCCAAUCUCAUACCUGAGCCAGCCUUCCUUUCAAGCUCUGCUCAGUAAAUCCGAAGAAGAGUUUGGGUUUGAUCAUCCAAUGGGCGGCUUAACAAUCCCUUGUCCUGAAGAUACAUUCAUCAAUGUGACUUCUCGGCUUCAGCGAUGAUGAUUAUUCACCAUUUUUUGUUCUUUAGACUUACAAGUAGACUUAUUCAUUGUAUAUAGUAAUAUAGAUGAGGUUUUUCUU